AUGAAGAGCUUGGCUCCCCCGGGCUCGCUGCUCGUUCCCAGCGCGGCGAGGCCGGGCCGGUGGCUGUGCCGGGGCAGGGGGGACCGCGGCCGCCGUCCUCCGCCGCUGCUGCCGAGGCCCUUCCCCGGCUGCUCCGGCGCUGCCGCGCACCGGCCGCUGCCUGGCCGGGAGCAGACAAAGGAGGAGAGGCUCCCCCCCUGCGCCGUGGCGUGGGAGCACGGGGCCGCGCUGGCUGCUGCCUGUCGCCGCUGCCCGCGGCCGCACAAGGCUGCACUGUUGGGAGAAGAACAAAACCUUUGUCCUACUCCAUCAAGGAAGCUGAGUCAGAACAGCUGCUUAGCAAAGGAUCUGAAGAGGUUUCAGAAGCAGUUAGAAAGGGAAGCGGGGAAGCCUGAGGCAAGAAAACGUGCCUUUAUUCUGAAGACCCUGAAAAUGCCUUCAGAGUACUAUUUGUUUGUGGAAGAAUUUUGCAAGAACCCUGGCAUCAUUUGGGUCAUGAUACUGGUUGGCAAGUCACAAGGUGGGGGAAUGUUCCUGAAAACUGAAAUGUAUAAUUGACUGAAGAAGGUGAGAAUGACUGUCUUUUCUUUGGGAAUAUCCAACAGGCAUUUUGUUCAUUUGCUCUUUUUUCAUCCUCUCCUUCUGCCAGUGCUUGGCCUGUUCUCCCAUGAUGACCUCCUGCCAUACUCUUCACCAUUCUCCAGGUUAACAAUAAAGCUUUUUACAAUGGA